CAUGCAGACUAUAUCGCGCUACUAUAGCAACGCCUUUUCUGACAAUGACAAACAGCAAGCUAUUAAUGUCUUCUUGGGGCUAUACAAACCCGAAGCGGGAAAAACGAAUGUCUGGGAAUUAGGAACCGAUUUUUAUUUACACAAUCAAGAAUUAUUUACCUUGAAUAGAAAUUUUAUCAAGAGAAAUUACACAAAUUGGUGUUCCCCGGAGAUUGGUGAUUGUCUGCCUCUACCUUACGAUCUAGUCCAUAAAAAACCAGCCACAAUUUACUCUCUAUAUCCGGAUGAUGUCAGAAUAGAUUGGUUCACUGAACGAUAUAAAGGAAAUAAAUACGUAAGCAUUGAUGAUGAAUUCCUUUUUCGUCAGCUUUUGAGCAGUAAAGAAUUUCGGCCUCAAGACUCAUCUCGAAAGAAGUUAACAAAAAACGUAUCAUCGAAAUGCUCAGAAGAUGGAUCAGAAAAGGAAGAAAGUAGCUCUUCAAAUGAGGAAGAAGACUACGAUUAUGACUUUGAUUUAUCCUUACCAAAAUCUAGAGCUAUUUCUAGCUAUGAAUCAAAAGAAAAUACUAAGACUUAUUUUAACAAUAUGAAAGAAUCGUACGGUAUGGAAUUAAACAAUCUAUCCUCAAAUUCAAUUGACAAUGAACUAUAUAAAAACUAUUCGGAAAUGUACGAAUGUGCCACUGGCAGAAAUAAGACAAAAAGCUAUUUCAGUUUAAUAAACAGAGGAUCGAAUGAAGUUUUGGCCCUUAAAUUACAAAGCGAUCAAACAAUAAAAGAUUCUAGAGAAGUUUACUCGAAAACAGUGAAAUCUGCUACUGUAUCCGAUGCCUGGGUGUUGUCAAGCCCACCUAUAUUUUCAAAGAUUUGUUAUGAAGAGUAUUUUUCUCUUGGCCAUCAAUAG